AGAGAGCUCCAGACCCCCCCGCCUGCACACUCCCCACCUAACAACAACCUCAGCCCCGCAGCGAGGCUCUCUCACAACGACCCCACCCCGCCCCCAACCCCUCUGAGAGCGGGCACGGAGCGAGACAACGACCGAAGAAGAAGAAGGAGGAGGAGGAGGAGGAGGAGGCGCGGAGGGGGAAGAAAAAAAAAAAAAAAAAACAUCGAAGAAGACCGCUUCGGGUUGCCCUCAAUCCGGGCCUACUAAUGCUGUAGCGGAGAGAGGAAGAGCGACGACAGCGCACUGAUUGAAGGGAGUCGGCGUCGGGGUGGACCAAGGCGGAACCCGGCGCGGUGGGGGGGGGGAACACGACGCUUGUUCAUUCGCUCGUCACCAUCAUGGGAUGUACGCUAAGCGCCGAGGAGCGAGCCGCUCUGGACCGGAGCAAGGCCAUCGAGAAGAACCUGAAGGAGGACGGGCUGGUGGCCGCCAAGGACGUCAAACUGCUGCUGCUCGGCGGUGGAGAGUCCGGCAAAAGCACUAUCGUCAAACAAAUGAAGAUUAUCCACGAAGAUGGCUUCUCCGGGGAUGACGUGAAGCAGUAUAAGCCCGUGGUCUACAGCAACACCAUCCAGAGCUUGGCCGCCAUCCUGCGGGCCAUGGACUCGCUGGGAAUCGAAUUUGGAGACAAGGAUCGAAAAGCGGACGCCAAGCUGGUGUGCGACGUCGUGAGUCGCAUGGAGGACACGGAGCCAUACUCCGCGGAGCUCCUCGGCGCCAUGAAGCGCGUUUGGGCCGACGCCGGGACUCAGGAGUGCUUCAACAGAGCCCGCGAAUACCAGCUGAACGACUCGGCCCAAUACUACCUGGACAGUUUAGACCGCAUCGGGGCCGCAGACUACCAGCCUACAGAGCAGGACAUCCUGAGAACCCGAGUGAAGACCACCGGCAUUGUGGAAACCCACUUCACCUUCAAAAAUCUACAUUUCAGGCUCUUUGACGUGGGAGGGCAAAGGUCAGAAAGGAAGAAGUGGAUCCACUGCUUUGAGGAUGUGACCGCCAUCAUCUUCUGCGUGGCCUUGAGUGGUUACGAUCAAGUGCUCCACGAGGACGAGACAACCAACCGAAUGCACGAGUCCCUCAUGCUCUUCGACUCCAUCUGCAACAACAAGUUCUUCAUCGACACCUCCAUCAUCCUCUUCCUCAACAAGAAGGACCUCUUCGCAGAGAAGAUCAAGAAGUCGCCACUGACCAUUUGCUUUCCCGAGUACACAGGUGCGAACACUUACGACGACGCCACCGCUUACAUUCAGGUCCAGUUCGAGAGUAAGAACCGCUCUCCCAAUAAGGAGAUCUACUGUCACCUGACCUGUGCCACGGACACAGGGAACAUCCAGGUAGUGUUCGAUGCCGUCACUGACAUCAUUAUCGCAAACAACCUGAGAGGGUGCGGCUUGUACUGAGCACGGCCGUCGGCGCGGAGCGUUUAUUGAUCCUUUUCAUGAUACUUCAAAAACACACACACACAAAUAUGUAAUUCUACACGUCCGAAACGGACCCAAAGAGCUGCCGCCAGACAUCACGUCAUGAUUUUUGUGCUCUUCUUCCUCUUCUGAGUUCACAAACCCCGAAAGUUUUGUCUUGGAAUGUUAACGAUUUGUCGACGAGUGUAAACAAACAACCGGGGGAGGGGCCAGGAGCGGCUCCGCAAAUGCAGUGCGGAAGGGGGAAAAGGGGCAAACCCCCCCCCCCCCC